AUGGCAAUGAAAAUUUGGCAACUUGUUAUCUUUCAAUCAUUACAAAAGCAAGUAACAUUAGCAUGUCUUCAAUUAAUCAAAGCCGAACGUCAAAAUGAAAUGAAUAAUACUCGAUUUAUUCGUGCAGUUGUAGAAAUCGAACUAGACUUCGAAAAAAAUUCAUCUGUACCAAAUAGUAGUGAUCAAAUAACAUCUCCAACAUUGAAAAUUUAUAAAGAUUACUUUGAAGUACCAUUUCUUCAAUAUACAGAACAAUUUUAUCGUCAGGAAGCAUCUAAUUUUCUUGUUCACAAUUCUAUGUCUGAAUACUUGAAAAAAGUAUCACCAUGGAUUGAUGAAGAAUUACAUCGAGUACAAUCAUAUUUACAUUCAUCAACAUUAGCACCAUUAAUUAAAAAACUUGAACAAAUAUUUAUUUUUGAUCAACUUGAAGCAAUCUGUACUGAAGCAAAAACACUUUUACACAAUGAAAAUUAUUCAGAUUUCGCAUGUCGUCUAUUCAAAUCAUCUGAUAAAAUACCAAAUGUGACUGUUCAAUUGAAAAAAAUUUUUGAAGACAAUUUUCUUCCAAAGGGUAUUCAAUCUAUGGAACAAAUCAGUAUCACUGCAAUUAAUGAUCCGAAACUUCACAUUGAAACAAUUCUUGAUAUUCAUAAAAAAUUCUUUAAAGUUGCACAAAAUUUUUUUAAUAAUGACGAAAAUUUGAUUGCUUCAGUUAAUAAAGCUUGUGGAAAUUUUAUUAAUAAUAAUGCAAUAACAGAAGCUGCUAAUAAUGCAAGAAAAUCAGCUGAAUUAUUAGCUCGAUAUUUUGAUAUACUUUUACGAAAAGGAAGUAAAGUUGAAAAAGGAAUCAGUAUUGAGAAAAAAUUCGAUCAAAUUAUGAUAGUUUUUAAUUAUAUUAAAGAUAAAGAUGUUUUCGAAAAAUUUUAUUAUAAAAUGCUAGCCAAACGUUUAGUAGGUAGAUUAAGUACAUCGAAUGAUUAUGAAGAAUUAAUGAUUUUAAGAUUAAUAAACGCGUGCGGUUUUGCAUAUACAUCAAAAUUACAAAAAAUGUUUCAAGAUGUUAGUCUUAGUGGAACAUUAUUAGAUCAAUAUCGAAUAUAUUGUAAAAAAGAGAAGAUUGAUAAUAUUGGUAUCAAUAUUUUAAACUGA